AUGGAUAAUGCGUCUGUCAAUGAGGUCUUUGCAACGACACUCAGCGAACUCAUACUGAAGCACUAUAAGCUCAACUUUGUUCCUGAAAAUGCGUAUAUCCAUUGUCUUGACCACGUCGUCAGCCUGGUCACCCAGGCUAUCAUGAAUAGCUUGGAUGAAGCAGAAGAUCCUGACAAAAAUGACUACUUCAGUGGAAACAAGCAGUACCCGACCCACUACGAUGAAGAUGACGACGAGGCCCUCAAGGCAUUUGAGCAAGAAUGCGAGAAGGACAUGGAUCAAUAUGAGACACUCCGCACUGAUGGUAACACCGAGUACGAAGAUGACGACAGCAUUAUGGCUCAAAUCCUUCACGAUGUCGACACCUGGAGUCCCGUCAAGAAGGCAAGCCAUUUUCUUCGUUUGAUCGUUACAAAGAUUUGUUCAUCACCUCAACGGCGCCGCAAGUUUCGAAUGAUUGCCAAAGACGUAUACAAGGAUCAGCGAGCUCCAUCAGGACACAAGCUUGCCUUUUUGAUGGCAAUACGUGAUAUAAUAACACGGUGGAACUAUACGCAUGCUAUGAUCAAGCGGGCUCUCCUGCUUCAAAAGUGGAAUAUGCUAGAGAGGCUCGGCAAAGUUCUUGAAGUUUUCACCCAGGUUACCUUACAGAUGUCGCGAUCAACAACUCCAACGCUCCCGUGGGUUCUUCCAAUGUAUGAGAUGAUGCGCCGACAUUUGUCAACGACCAAUGAUGAUCUGACUCAGCUGCCACAAAUACGAACAGCAGCACUUGUUGGCUUGAUGAAACUCGACAAAUACUAUUUCAAGGCAAAGUUCAACCAAUACAAUGUCAUAGCAACCAUGCUUCACCCACACCUUGGACUUCGCUGGUUCCGACGUCUGAAUGAUCCUGAUCGUGCGACACGCGCCAAAAUCCUCUUCGAAGCUGUUUAUAAGGAAUAUAAAGAUGCGGCCAACAAGGAGGAUCGGGCCUCAGUUCAGAAUUUGGUCCCACCACGGAAGAAGAUAUCAAGUUUCCUUAGCGAUGUGAUGAUGAACGAUGUAUCAUCAGAUUCUGAGACGGAUCCCAUAGCUUCUGCCAGUCUAGCCAGCGAGUGUGAUCGAUUCUACAUCGCUUACAAGACUAUCGACCAGGGAGAUGAGAACGAUCCACUCGCUUGGUAG